CUCUGCCACUGCACCCAUUCCAUAUAUAGCUCCUGAGAACUGCCAUUUCCAGCUCUCUGCCUCCCUCCCUGCUCCAUUUCUGCUUCUGAAGCCUGUGCCCAGUUCUUGGCCGCUGCUGUGGUCUUUGGGCACCCACUACAGUACAACAGGAUGUCUGAGAAGCAGGAACAACCUCCAGUAGCCCAGAAUGGUGGAAAGGCUGAAAAUGCAGAGGAAUCUGCGGAGGCAGAAAAGCCGAAGGAACUGGAAGAAUUGCCACCCUUUGAAAUUGUCACAGGGGAACGGCUUCCAGCCUGCUUUUUCAAUUUCCAGUUCAAGAACGUCGAAUACAGUUCAGGAAGAAACAAGACUUUCCUAUGCUAUAUCAUAGAGAUUCAGGGCAAGGAGUCCAAAAAGUUACGGGGCUACUUGGAAGAUGAACAUGCAGCAGCCCAUGCAGAAGAUGCCUUCUUCAAUACUAUCUUGCCCAAGUGCGAGUCUGGCCUGUGCUACAAUGUCACCUGGUACUCCAGUUGUAGCCCCUGUAUAGGCUGUGCAGAUCGGAUAACUAAAGCACUUCAGAAGAAUAAGAACCUACAUCUCUCCAUGGCAAUAGGUCGUCUGUUCAUGUGGGAGGAACCUGACAUGCAAACCGCCUUGAAGAAACUGAAAACAGCUGGUUGUAAAUUGAGAAUCAUGAAACCUCAAGAUUUCGAGUACGUCUGGCAAAACUUUGUAGAGCAGGAGGAAGGAGCAGCAAAGGCAUUUACACCCUGGGAAGACAUUCAAGAGAACUUCCAAUUUUAUGAUGAAAAGCUUGCUGAAAUUUUGCACUGAGGAAAAAAAUGUGCCAACCCAUGGAGCAACAAGCAUGGUAUACUCUUAACAUUUGGGACUCUCAACUCAGUUUUCCAGAGCUGCUUUGAAAUAGGAAACACCAGAAGUCUCCAGCUGACACACUGCUAUGCUGAUAAGACUAAAAAUACAUGUAGAGAUCUGGUUUUUUUAAAUACAUAAACCUGCAGUGCUGUUAUUCACAUAGAAUUGAAAACAUUACAAAUGACAAAGAACAGAAUCAAAGCAAAGUUCUAUCACUUACAAGUUUAGAAAAGUCCCAUCCAAAGAAAUUUCAAGAAAUAAAUUUAACAUUAAAACAUUAACAUUAACAUUUUUAACAUUAAUUUUUUUAAAUUAAUAUGCAGUGAAUAGCAGAAAUCAAAGGGAAAUGUAAUACGGAGAGAGAUUACUAAUUAUUUUGACAAUGACCAUUCACAAAGCAUUGGUUGAGGGAGUUAGAAGUACUUUUGCACUUGUGAACUAAUUAGCAUGUACAUUAUAAAACAGUUUGGUCUCUCUUAAUCAAUGAGAAAUAAUUUCCCAAUAAAUACUGGCUCAGCUGCUUACAAAAUUUAUUUAAAGCAUUUUUAUUUUAUUAUUAUUUUUAAAAUUAAACAAAUGACAAGAAUACAAUGUCACUAAACACGCCCAGUUUUCAGUAAGUUGUCCCCAAUUACACUUCUAAUUUGAAAAGGCCACUUUCAGAGAGAUUUAAAAUAGGAUUUUUAUUCCAUUAUCCAUCUUUAUUAUAAAUUUGGCCU